GCGCAUCAACGUUUCAUCUCACCCGUGCCCCUACUGGUACACGCACGGAUACCGGAUGCAGCUCGCAGAAUUAUCAUUUUUGUAUGCCGUACUCCAUGGAGCUCGCCCAAAAAUAUGCUGUUCGGUCCACAAAGGAUGCUUAAACUUGAAAGAACUCCCACUGUAUGAUAGUUGCAACCAAGCUGACUGUAGCUGUACACACUGCUCACUAUUAAUAAUAAGUACUACUGCAGUCCAAUGGCCCAGCACCUAACCACUUCCCCGAGAACUCAUGAGGACGCAAAGUCUGAUUUUUACCUUAGGACUAUGCUGCAUUGCGAGCCUCGCGUCCCCUACUCAGAUUGUACUGGGCACAUCACCAGUAGUUGAACCUCAACCUGUCAGGAAACUUCACGGUCGUUUUCUGCACAUCACAGACAUCCACCCCGAUCCGUUUUAUGAACCUGGUGCAUCCCGAGCCUCUGCAUGCCAUCGACCCAAUCUCAAGAAGGACAAACGUCCGGCAGGUUACUACGGAGCACCAUAUAGCUCGUGUGACUCACCAUUCAGCCUCACAAAUUUCACGCUUGACUUUUUAGAUGAACAUUGGACCUCUGAAAUUGAUUUUGUAAUCUGGACCGGUGACAAUGCAAGACACGACAACGAUCACGACAUACCACGACCACUCGACGAAAUUUUUGACUUGAAUCGCGCUGUAGCUAAGAAGAUGGAGCAUGUAUUUUUAAGGAAAGGCAUCCCAGUCGUGCCAAGUUUAGGAAACAAUGACAUAUGGCGACCAAAUAAGAUAUUCGAGGAGUUCUCUUCGAUAUGGAGUGCAUUUAUACCCCCGACGUCAUCAGCAUCAUUUCACCAAGGAGGAUACUUCUCAACGGAGAUCAUACCUGAUGCAGUGGCUGCUAUCAGCAUUAAUACCUUGUACUUUUAUCAGAAGAAUCACGCUGUAGAGGGAUGUCGUUAUGCCGAUCCAAAGGACCCUGGAAACAUCCACCUUGAUUGGCUUGAAGAACAGCUGGAAGGAUUCCGAUCUCGACAGAUGCAGUACUUUCCCGAAUGCUACUACCGUUUCGUAGAGUUGAACCUACGAUUCCAAGACACGAUUUUGGGUAAUUUGUAUGGGCACUUAAAUAUUGACCAUUUCUCUUUCUUGAAGGCCGAUGAGAUCGACAUGUCUAUCAAGACCUCGUCAAGCAGCACACUCUUUCGGACGCUUAUCACCGAUUUUUCGGAGAUACCGGAACCCCUCGAGGACACUCAAUACGAUAACUAUGCAGUGGUGAACGUUAACUCUGCCAUUGUACCAAAUCCUUACAUUCCAUCCUUCCGAAUUUUUACGUAUAACACCACUGGACUAGCGAGAUUCGUGAAGGAUAUCGGCUCUGAUCCAUAUCUUGAAACGAUGAAGGCCACUCAGCGGCAACGUGCCUUGAACCAUGAGCAAGUCCACGCAUUCAAGAAGAAGCCGAAGUGUGAACGCAAGAAGUCCCGUAACACGUGGAGGUGCCACUUUGACAAACCCUGGCACUCUGAUAGCGAGUCACCAUCAAGACGCAACUCGUUGUGGUCGCCUCUAGGGUUCGCACAGUUUUACAUGCCAAGGCUGGCAGAGUUCGAUCAGACCCAUGAUCCAGAGUUCGAACUCGAAUACAUGACCUUCCCUCUUUCAACCCUGCAUCUCGACGAGGAAGCACAGAAUAUUACGAACCACCAAUAUGUUAUUCCUCUUCGACUUCUGCCAGAAGAACUUCGCCAACCUGGUGCUGUGGAGUCGGAGUAUACGCCUUAUGAGUUGAAUGACUUGACCAUCCCAUCGUGGUUGGAUCUUGCCACAAGGCUUACGAAGAACAAGAAACUUCGAUCAAGGUUCAAGGAGUUCAUGUAUUUGGGCGGUGUGGAGGAAUGAUUGUUAGGGGUGUCUGUUUCGGAAACAGACGAUUUGAACGUUAAGAUUUGGGCUAUGUAUCAUGAUAGAUGUACUGGUUGUAGAACUGGAGCGCGUGAUAAUUUUGUGUUAUACUACACCUACAUACAGUACCUUGUUUAUAGCGGUCCAGCUGUAUUCUUGAACCGGAAUAUCAUAUUCAAUCAGUUCCAACCAGGAGUCUAGGACUACAUCCUUUGUCUCAGCUGAGAGCUCGACCACUGGCAGUGUCGGAUCUUGA